AUGAGCGAAUGGGAAGACUCAGGCUACUAUGACGACUUUUCCAUCGGUCAACCACCUAUCAAAAGAACUCGAGCCAAGCGUAGCUGUGAUCUCUGUCGCAAGCGCAAAACCCGAUGCAACGCCGAUCAGCAACAGCCUUGUGAGACGUGCAAGAAUGCCAAUGUUGAAUGUCACUUUGUCGCUGAGCAACGCAAACGAGGACCAGCAGCUGCCACUAGUCACGUGCAGUGGUUAGAGGAUCGAAUCAAUCGAUUGGAAGGGAUAUUGCAAGGAAUACAACCUGAAAGGAAGCUUACCAACAAGCUGAAUGAUCUCAAGUUGACCGACUAUGGACAAACACGUUACUUUGGAAGUAGUGCGGGUAUCCAUUUGGUGGAUGAGCAGCUCUUGUCGUCAAAGCAACCACAUCGAUUACAGCAUUCCCCAGCGCAUGUGUUACAAAAAGUGAAUGAUGAAUCGAAUGAGCACAUUGUGAUCAUGUCCAAAGCCCUUCUUUCGAGGCAAAAGGAUCCAGUCCCUUAUGGAGUGAGAAGGACGCGAAUGCUCAUGGAUGUACCACACAUGACACCCGAAUUGACAGAUGCAAUGGUUUAUGCCUAUUUCCAAUACGUGCAUCCUCAUCUCCCUGUUCUCCACAAGAUGUCUUUUCUCGAGCAAUACUAUUUUGAGAAUCCACAGCCGCCCGAUGAGAAUCUUCUUUGUGCUGUUUGUGCUCUUGCUACUCAAUUCAUGGUCAACGAGCAAGAUUGGAUCGCUACGGGUCAAUCCUUUACACGAGAUAUGCUGCUUGAUGCUCAAAAGGGGCUGCAAAGGAAAGCAGAGAAGGUCUUGGAGAACAUUCAUCGCAAAUCAAAGUUGAGCACGGUUCAAGCUUUAAUCCUGAUCACCAUGUUUAUGCAUACCGGCGGUGUUGAGGAAGAUACAUCAAUACGAUGGUUUGUUUGUGGAACGGCGAUUAGGAUGGCUCAAGACAUUGGAUUACAUCGCAGCUCAAGGCAUUGGAGGUUACCAGAGAGCGAGAUCGAAGUACGAAGACGAGUAUGGUAUGGGCUUUACAUCAUCGAUCGUGAAGUAGCUGCACAAUUUGGUCGACCCGUCACCAUUCUGGAUGAGGAUUUUAAUGUUGAGCUUCCAAGCCCAUACGAACUUGAGUCUACGCACGAGAGCUAUUUACGUGAUCCAGAAUUCCAAUCAUGUACACCUGCAUUGAUGUGGGAGGCACAGGUGGCGAUCCAAGAGCGAAGACCCGUUUAUGGCAUUUUCCUUGAAUCCAUUUCACUCUCCAAGAUCCUUGGCCACGUACUCUUGUCAAUGUAUUCUCCCAAGACAGAAGAUUCAGCUAGACGCAAUGACUUUUUGAUCCUGACCAUCGACAAUCAACUCGCUCAGUGGAAGGCAAAUUUGCCCCCAAAUUUACGUUUCAACCCGGAUGAAGUAUCCGAAAUGACAUUGUUUUCCACAGCCCACUUGAAUAUCUACUACAAUUGCAUACUUUUACUACUUCAUCGACCAUUUAUCAACAAUGACGAGUUGACGGAUCCCAUUUUUACCACUCGAGCAUUGACCAAGUGUACUGCUGCAGCUAUUGAUAUUGUGAAUACGAUCGAGGUAGUUGAAGCACAAAGGAUGCCUGGUAUGACUUGGUGCUUUAUUGCAUAUGCCAUUUUCCAAUCUGCCAGUAUCUUCCUUUUCAAUGCAAAAAGUGACAGCCGAGCCUUAAGCCAUCAAGGUGCCGAGUAUCUUUCUCGCAGUGCGAUGUUGUACAAAAAGGAAGAAAGCUUAAGGAAUGGUCUCCAUGCACAUAUUCUGGGGGUGAUCGCUUCAAGAUUUUGCUCAUACCAUGAACCACCACGUGUCAGCAAAUGGUCACUUGAAUUGGUAGAAGAAGAAUCAUCCUUGGAAAAGUACCAAAAACCCAGUGACAAGUACUCGUUUGGGGAUACAAGUGAAUCAGGGUUAUUCUAUAAGGCGUUGCCAUAUGACAAUGAAGCAGCUUCAAGGUUUUCUUCUAUUCAACCAGCAUCCUCCUCCUCCUCCUCUUCAUUACCAUCCCAAGAAACAGCAAUAGCAGCAGCAGCAGCAACCCACCAACAUCCCCAACCAUCUUCUCAAAGCGUGUUUGAUCCCAUAAGCCUACCCAUGAAUUUCAACCUUUCAAACGCUAUCGAAUGGAAGGAAUGGAGUGAUAUCAUCAACAACAGCGAUACAUCAUAG